CAGGUAUGCUUCUACAGAAUGAAAUGGAACAGUCCGCACUCUCACCUCAGAUGAUAAAACAGAAGCUAUGCAUGGACUGAUAAUGGUGGAUUGUGUACCACAGAAAACACUUUCUCUUGCCUAAGGUCAUCUUAUAAUGGACCAUGGCACACCUUGGAAGUGCGUCUGUUUGGGUUUUUCUGACCUUGCUAAACAGCAUAGACUCAAUGGAGGACUGCACAAACAACACAGAUUUUCCAUCUAAAGUCAACUUCACUCAGAUUCCAGAGCAGCACGCUGACAAGUUUGUAGGUUCACUGGAGCCUUUGUACAAUUUUGCAAGGCUCUUUUUGGAGGCAGUUCAGCCAAACAAAUUUCCCUUAGAGCUUGCCAUUAAUGUUUCAAGAAAUGAACAGCUGAACAGGUCUUCGCUUGUGGAAUAUGAGGCAGGUUAUGUGGUCUGUGUCAUACUUGCCAUCCUCUAUGUUCUCAUAACGGCAGUUUGGGGUGGAGUGCUUGCUUGGAACUAUUUCCGUCAGAAAAAGCAUCCGCCAAAUAAUCCCACAACAUCAUCCUCAACAUGGCGCUACAUGGACAUCACUGUGGCAACAUGCCUCGCAAUAAUUGCCAUUUUAUUGUUGACUGGUGUAAUUCUGGCCUUCACGACGAACAACAAGGUGCGUGAAAACAUGAGACCGAGCUUGCAUCAGCUCAGGAUUGAUCUAAAAAAGGCUGAUGACACGUUCAAGGUUAUCCCAGAGAAUAUGAAAAGAGCUAUUGAUGAAUUUUCCAUUCCCCAAAGAGAGAUCACAAAGGUAUUAAAUGAAGCGGGAAAUGUAAUUGGUGAAACUCUCAUCUCAAUAUUCAGCAGAGAUGUUCAUGAUGCUCUAUCAGCACUAUCGGUAUCAAUUCAAGAUGUCAGCGGGGCCCUAACCAACCUGGAGGAGAUGGAAAUUAAAAGAAAAGACCUACAGGCUCGCCAUGUAGACCUUCAACAAGGCCUGCAAGCCAUCCAGUCUCAAAUUCAGAAUAUUAAUUGUCCAACCUGUAAUGUCCCAGAUGCUAGCAACCUGGAAACAGUGGCUAACUACAGCCAGAUUCCAAGUGUGCAAGAAGAACUUGACGACCUGAAUGAUCUCUCCCGUAUACUAGCAAAAGAUAUUGUGAGAGAGGGAAAUGCGUCCUUCUAUUCUACUCCACAAAUAUGUAGCAGACAGCUAGAGCCUACAAUAGCAGAAAUUGUUGAAGACCUGGAGGAAUCUAAGGAGUAUUUGAGAAAUUGUAGUCGUCGGAUUCCCACUUUGAAAUCUGUCUCGAAUUCAGUGUCAAGUGUCAGGCGAGCUGUGAAUCAGGCCUCGAAAUAUGUGGAUUACUAUGAUUAUGUCAGGUGGGCAGUGGCCGUUGUGUUCUGCACUCUCAUUUUGAUCAUAGUGAUUCUGAUGAUCAUCGCACUUUGCCUUGGAUUGCCAAUAGAAUAUUCUCCAACCCUCUACUCCUCCUUCACCAAAGAUCGAUUUAACCGCACAGCUGUCUACCUUCUCAGAAGUGCCACUGUGAUGACCUUUGUCUUCUCCUGGCUGUUCAUCAUCCUAGUGUUUAUCACCCUGUUCAUUGGUGGGAAUGCUCACACCCUUGGAUGCCGAAGCUGGAAAAGAGGGGAACUUUUUGAGUUCUUUGACCAGAGCGGGGAGCUCAUCAUCCGAGGCAACAACACAUCCAAUGAAAUGAACUCCACUCAACUCACUAACGCCACCCAAGCUUUUAAUACCAGCCAGGAACUCAACAACACUCAAGUGAUCCGUGUCAAGACUUCCGUGAUGUACCAAGGCUGCAUGAAAGGAGAGUCUCUUUACUACAGCAUGCGAAUGAAUGAAGUUUUCAACAUGGAUGCAUUCCUAGACGCCGGCAGGUACCUAGGGGUAUUUAAUCAAAGCUUCCAAAACCUGAAUGUUAACCUCGAUGGUGUCACUCUUCUUCCUCGAGAAGGCAGACAGGCCUUGAUCAAGUUCAAGAGCAGCACACUGGAUCAGGUUGAUUAUGCUGCACUUCUAGACCUGCUGAGUCAACCUGUGGUGAGAACUGACCUCAAUGUUUUUGCUGAUCAACUGGAUGAGUCUGCACAACUACAAGAAAAUGCAGCAGUUAAGGAGGACUUGGAGAAGAUCGCAAAGAUGACAAGAAAUCUAACUGAACUUGUCGCACAUCAGGAAUCAGAUGCAAAAGCAAUGACUAUCAGUGUCAACGCUGUGAGUGAGAUCAGUCAGCAUUAUAAGGAUAAUGCAGAUCGGGCCCUGAAUAGCACCACCAAGACAGAUGAAGCAAUACACUUACAGACUCCAUACACUGUGGGAAAUGUGUCACAGUGUGUGCUGAAGAAAGGAGAGCUUUAUCUUUUAAACUACCUUGCUUGGGUUCGCAAUGCGGUCAUAAAUGAGAUUUUGGAUUGUAAAUGGCUUCCUGUGACAGUAGACAAUAUCUACAGAGCAGCAUGUGUCAGUGUAAUUGAUCCUUGGAAUGCAUUCUGGCUGUGUUUAGGUUGGUGUUGUGCAUUCUUGGUCCUUGGGGUAAUUCUCAGUAUUCACACGGCCAGACACUGGCAAGCUGUGCCCAAGUCCCUCAGCACUGUCACUUUGAGGGAUUUGGAUGAUUUCAUGGAUUAUAGCCAUGAAAUUACGAAACCUGACAAUGGGCUAAAGGAGACUAAAGACUACAGUGAACCUGGCACGGGCAUGAAGCAUACUGAGGACUUUUACAGUGAAUAUGGCAGUGAUGACGACUAUAAAGGCAAAGAAUGUGAAGACUCUUAAAUGCUGUAUUGAGUUUUGUCUGGAAUCAGCUCAGUUGUCUAGAACGUUUGAUCUAUUGUCUAGAUAGACUAGAUUAUUAUCUGAAGGUUAUGUGUUGUUUGUUAGUUUCCUCUGGUGUUGAAAUAUUAUACAAAUAAUCUAAAUAAAGGGAAUUUAAAUUAAAUCUAUAGUAUAAGUUUUACUGUCAGUAAGUUUAACAAACAUGAUAGUGACACUGUGAACAACAUACAAUUGUUUCCAUACUGUGAACAAAGAUUAACAAUAAAGUAAGUACAAACUUUAAAA